AUGGAACAAAUUAGUGAGCAUUCAACUAGCAUAUACCAUGAUACUGUUUCCAUUGGUGGUGGUUCAUCCUUUCCAAAACUUCCGCCUCAAACCCGAGGAUGGUCAGAUGCAAAUGAUCCGGGCUCAGAGUCACUGGUUGUUGAGAUUUCUGGAGCGAUGAGUGAUAAAGACCGUGUUCUUUUUAAAAUUCACACAAAGACUACAUUACCUGACUUCAAACAGAACGAAUGCAAUGUACAGAGAAUGCAUGAAGAAUUUGUAUGGCUUCAUGAUCACCUGGUUGAAAAUGAUGCAUACGCAGGCUUAAUAGUUCCACCAGUUCCUCCUAAACCAGAUUUUGAUGCUUCUCGAGCUAAGUUACAAAGGUUGGGUGAAAAUGAAGGUAAUCUACCGAAAGAGGAUUUACAGAAAAUGAAGGCUGAACUAGAAGCUGAAUACUUGGCUACCUUUAAAAAAACAGUUGCAAUGCACGAAGUCUUUCUUCAAAGAUUAGCUUCUCAUCCAACAUUUAAGCAUGAUCAUGGUUUUCGUGUUUUCUUGGAAUUUGAAGAAGAGUUAAAUGUACGAAAUAAAACACGAAAAGAGAAGGCAGCCGACUUUUUUAAAUCUGUUUCAAAAUCAGCUGAUGAAACUUUAUGGUUAAAUAAUCAAAAAGAUAAUGAUAUAUUCUUUCGUGAAGAGAAAUGUAUUCUAGCUGGUUAUCAUUCUGCUGUGAAAGAUGCUACAACAGCAGCUGACUUAGCUUCAAAAUGUCGAAAAACAAUUGCAAACAGUCUAUUACGUACUGAGUUAGCUUUAUCUAAUGUAAUCCCAAAAGAGUGUUUUAUAAGCUCAGAAACAGAUCUGACAACUCUCCUCACUAAUUUCUUCGAAAGUUAUCAAAAAAUUUUAGUCCGUUUGGGUUCAGAUGAAGAUUUAAAAUUGUCCGAUACACUUCGAUAUUAUGCAAUAGAUACAGGAGCUGCUCGUGCUCUCCUUUAUCGUCGAUGUCGUGCUCUUGCAGAUUAUGAAACAGCCAAUCGUAAUCUUGAUAAAGCAAGAGCACGUAUGAAAGAUGUUCAAGCAGCGGAAGACGCACAAACAGCGGCGAAUGAACGAUUCAAAUCUAUCUCUGAAUCAGCUAAACUUGAAUUGGAAGAUUUCAAAGUUCGUCGAAUAAAAUACUUUCAUAAGAAUUUACUUGAUCUUGCCGAACUGGAAGUGAAACAUGCGAAAUCACAAGUGGAAGUAAUUAAAUCAACAUUGAUACGUCUAAAGUCAAUAACUCCUCCUAUCAUAAAAUCUCCUAACCUACAAUCAAUGAUUCAUUUACACAAUAGUAAUAUUUCAACAAAUAAUAAUAAUAAUAAUAAUAGUACACAUUCAAGUUCUUCAUCAGAGUCGAAAUUUAAUGCAAUCGACUGA